AACUCCCAUUUAGCAAAAGUAAACAACUUAGAAAGGAAAAUGCCAACAGCAAAUUUCAAUGUGGAAGGCAUUUAAUCGUAAUAAAUACAAAAAUGGGAAUGUUCAAAGAUAUAAAUAGCACAGGCAUGCUAGCUUUUCUUGUAAGCAGCCUCUGUUUUUGUUCAGACAGUUCAAAAGAAAAGCAAUGUCUAGGAUGGAAUUCAAUGUUCAACUUCAAUCAGAAGCUGUUAGUAGAAGCGUAAAGAAUUUAGUUGACGUUGGCCUCCAGAAAGUUCCAGAGGCUUAUAUUCGUCCAGAAAAUGAGCGCCCAACAGCCUCUCCAGUUUACUCAGAAAGCAUUCCCGUCAUAGAUCUCCAUGGCUUUGAUGACCACAACCAAUCAACUGUAAUCAAUGCCAUGAGCAAAGCAUGCGAAGAAUGGGGAUUCUUUCAGGUGAUCAAUCAUGGGGUUCCAGAGGGGGUGAUAGAGAGAAUGGUGAAGGCCCACCACAUGUUUUUGGAGCAGCCAGAAGAGGAAAAGUCCAAGUACAAAGCUGAAGGCCAUGAGAAGCCUGUUUUAUAUGGAACUGGCUUCACUGCGAAAGGCCAAAAGGUUCUGGAAUGGAGGGACUUUCUCAUGUUUAUCGUUGCAGGAACUAUUGAUGCCCAAACACUCCAGCAUUGGCCUCCAGUCAUUCGAGACUCAGCUUUAGAAUUCGUGACUGAAGUGAGAAAGCUGGCAAUAAAGCUUCUUUCUGGUCUGUCAGAAUGUCUUGGAAUACCCGAUAUUUUACAGAGCGUAAUGGGCUAUGAGCGACUACUCUUGAAUUACCAUCCUCCAUGUCCUAACCCAGAUAUGACAUUUGGUUUGAGUGGGCAUUCUGAUGUGGGUUUAAUCACAGUUCUUCUGCAAGAUGAUGUAGGAGGUCUUCAAGUAUCACAUAACGGCAGAUGGGUUGCAGUACAGCCAAUUUCCAAUGCUUUUGUGAUUAAUGUGGGAGAUGCCUUGCAGGUGUUAAGCAAUGGAAGGUUUCAGAGCAUAGAGCAUCGUGUUGUACCCAAUUAUAAUCAAGCUCGAAUAUCCAUUCCAUUGUUUUGUGCUCCUGCCAACUCCACCAUAAUUAAUCCUAUCCCUGAGCUCAUCAAUGAGCACAACCCUUCUAAAUAUAGAUCAUUUACAUUCGGGGACUAUGUGGCCUAUUUUCAUAAUCGACCUCAUUCAGGAAAGGCUGAUAAUUUGGCUUUUGCAAGACUGGACUAGAUGUGUAAUCACACAGAACCACGACUGUUAUUCCGUUUUCAUAGAAUUAUUUAGCAUGAGAGAACAAAAGGCUAUAUUAAAUGUCUAUUAGAUCUCUUCAUAGGUUGAAAGUUAAUGAACAAUAUUGAGUUCAGUGUUGUCUAAUUCUUUAAUUAGUAGGUUCCAUAUAAGGUGGUUCUAUAUAUUUAUCAAGAGUAUGGAAAUAGUUUUCUGUUAUCUUGUUCAUUAGUUCCUGCCUGCAGGAAACUAUAGCAGAGGCUAUUUUCGUUAACCCCUUAUUAAUCUGAGCCAAAACAACCAAUCAUAUUUUUUUUUGUUGCAAAGAUUUUCAUGUUUCCUUGGUUCUGCCCGGAAAAGAUGCAAAUUAUUUAGGCUAAUUUUUAUCCUCAAGUUUUUUGGCAUUGACAUAUUGGAUACAUUGGC